AAAAAUUACUCUCUAUGACAGCAAAAGACAUAUUUGACAUAACUUGCACUAAGCGGCAAUCAUUGUCUCUUGAUAAUGUCCAUCAGAUGUUGUCAAACAAAGUAUUCCAAAUUGAGCUAAGGAAGUCAUCUUGGGGCAGCUCAAAUAGCACGCAUGCAACUUUGUCCAUUCUUUCCUACAUGGAAAAGGAACAUACUCCACGGAGCACUACUGAUAGGAAUUCUAAAAAGAUAAGGCCUUUGGAAAAAAGUGAGGUGGAUGGGAUAGCAACAACUACUGCAGCUGGUUCUUCAAAUACAACGCCAAAAUUUGAACCACCCACACCAACCAAAAAAGUGUAA